AGGCCACAAUGCCCGGCGGGUCUGCUAAUGGCCUGCGAGGUGCCCAGCGUUGCUGGCCCUGCCAGCUCUUCCCUGUCACCUUCCCUCUCUGCCUUGCAAUCUUGCUGGGCUGGGGGGGCUCACUGCAGGGACACCCCCAGUGCCUGGAUUAUGGGCCUCCUUUCCGCCCCCCCACGGGCCUUGUGUUCUGCUCCGACUACCAGUCCUUCGGGUGCUGUGACCGGCACAAGGACCUGCACAUCGCCUCAAGGUUCCGGGACAUCAUGGCCCACCUGGACUUGCAGGGCCACACACUGUGCAGAGGGUACAUCAAGGACAUCCUGUGCCAGGAGUGCUCGCCCUAUGCUGCCCACCUCUAUGAUGCCGAGAACCCUCGGUCGCCCCUCCGCCACCUGCCGGGCCUCUGCUCCGACUACUGCUCAGCCUUCCAUGCCAGCUGCCAGUCCGCGGUCUCCCUGCUCACCAGCCACCGUGGCCCCCAGUGGCCCCGGGACGGGAAUGCCACCCACUUGUGCCGCCUGCUCGAACUCCCGGACAAGGACUACUGCUUCCCCAAUGUGCUGAGGAGUGACCGGCUCACUCGUAGCCUGGGGGUGGUGGCUGAGGGUCCCCGGGGCUGCCUGCAGCUCUGCCUGGUCGAGGUGGCCAAUGGGCUGAGGAACCCGGUGUCCAUGGUCCACGCUGGGGACGCCACCCAUCGCUUCUUUGUGGCCGAGCAGGUGGGAGUGGUGUGGGUGUUCCUACCCGACGGGAGCCGCCUGGAGAAGCCCUUCCUGGACCUGAGGAGCAGUGUGCUGACCACGCCCUGGGUUGGAGACGAGAGAGGCUUCCUGGGGAUGGCCUUUCAUCCCAAGUUCCACCGCAACCGCAAGUUCUACGUUUAUUACUCAUGCCUGGCCAAGAAGAAGGUGGAGAAGAUCCGCAUCAGUGAGAUGAAGGUUUCUCGGGCUGACCCCAACAGAGCGGAACUGAAGUCAGAGAGGGUCAUCCUGGAGAUAGACGAGCCAGCCUCCAAUCACAAUGGCGGGCAGCUGCUCUUCGGCCUGGACGGCUACCUGUACAUAUUCACUGGGGACGGAGGGCAGGCCGGGGACCCCUUUGGCAAGUUUGGAAAUGCUCAGAACAAAAGCUCGCUGCUUGGGAAGGUGCUACGGAUCGAUGUGAACCGGCCAGGCCAGGGUGGCAGCAGGUACCAGGUCCCCAAGGACAACCCCUUCCUCUCUGAGCCAGGGGCUCACCCUGCUGUCUAUGCCUACGGGGUCCGAAACAUGUGGCGCUGUGCGGUGGACAGAGGGGACCCAGUUACACGGCGGGGCCGCGGCCGGAUCUUUUGUGGGGAUGUGGGCCAGAACAGGUUUGAAGAGGUGGACCUCAUCGUGAAAGGCGGGAACUAUGGCUGGAGGGCGAAGGAAGGCUUUGCAUGCUAUGACGCCAAACUCUGUCACAAUGCCUCUUUGGAUGACAUCCUGCCAAUCUACGCCUAUAGCCACACGGUGGGGAAGUCUGUCACUGGGGGCUGUGUCUACCGAGGCUGUGAGUCCCCGAAUCUCAAUGGCCUCUACAUCUUUGGAGACUUCAUGAGUGGUCGAAUUAUGGCUUUGCAGGAAGAUAGAAAAACCCAGAAAUGGAGGAAACGGGAUAUCUGCCUGGGUGACACAGCGGCCUGUGCCUCCCCAGGGCUGGUCAGUGCCCACAGCCAGUUUGUCAUCUCAUUUGCAGAGGACGAGGCAGGGGAGCUCCACUUCCUGGCCACCUCGUACCCAAGUGCCUACGCGCCACACGGCUCGGUCUACAAAUUCGUUGACCCCUCCAGGCGAGCACCGCCAGGCAAGUGCAGGUAUAAGCCGGUGCCGGUGAGGACCACAAGCAAGCGGAUCCGCUUCAGGCCACUUGCCACCACCGUCCUGGACCUGAUCAAGCAGCAGGCAGAGAAGGCUGCCAGGAACUCGUCCAGUGAGACCUCCGUGCCUGGUCUAGAGCCGGCUUCGGCCCAGAGAGCUGCCUCCAGGGUGCUGGCUCCUCCUGCAGGCAGCAAGAGGGCAUCACAGGGACCUGGGAGCAAGAAGAAAGCCAGAGCAUGGCCCCCAGGUCCCCAGGGGAAGAGCAGGAAGCACCCCCGGGCCCCCAGAGGUGGGAGGCGGUGGCUGUCACUGCAGGGGCCAGCGGGCAAGAGUCGCCCUCCACCUCUGGUCAAGGAGGCUGCAGUGACACAGGGGAGAACCGCCCACUAGGUGGAGACCACUGCUGGCUGCAGUCUUGGGAGCCCAGGAAGCUGCGGGGAGCUGGGCAGGCACAGAGGGGCUGAUGCACGGCCUGGGGCGUCUUCUCCAGGGGUCCUGCUGUCCCCUGUAGGGACAAACACCUCAGUUGGCUGGGCACACUGAGAAGGCUUCUGCAGGAUCACAUCCCACACUGCCCCAGCCUGUGUGGCUCCUGGGGACCUCACUGGUGUCCCUGUGUUGUUGC